AGGUUUUUAGAGGAAAUGAUCAUCAUUAUAAUGAAAAAUGGCCUCGAAAGUCUUCUCUGGGAUAUGUGCAUUGACCCAUCAAUGAAACCCAAGGUUCGGAGAUUAUCUGAAACUUACUUGGAACAACUUUUUGGAUUGGACGAUCAGCUGGUAAGGAUUAACUUGAUGAUAAAAGCAUGCACUUUUUACACCGGACAUUUAGUAAAGAGCCACUUCAGCGGUUGGAAAGACAUAGCAAUUCCUCGCAUAAGGGAAGAAGACAUUAUAGCUAAAAAAAUGGAAAUAGCAAUUAAAUAUGACAAUUUAAAACUUCAAAAAUACGUAUUUUAUCCCUGGCACUCUUAUGUGAAAAGUCUAAAAGAACAAAUUAAAGAUGCACUAUUGCGGAUACAACAGAUAUUCCACAAUAAGAAGCUAAUAAUAACACUACAUAAAUGGAGGGAUAAAGCAAUAUAUCAAAGUAAAAAGAGAGAAGAAGAGCUGUUGUUAAAACAUGAAGUUCAAUUGAAAAAAUGGAGAAACAGGAUUAGAAGCAGAGGAGCUGUUCAAGGAAUUGUUUCUGUUGAAGACAGUCGGUCUGGAGACUAUUUUGUAGGCCUCUGUAAAAAUUUGCAAGAGCUGAAUGUCUCUGACUGCUCAACACUCACGGACGAGUCAAUGAAACACAUCUCUGAGUGUUGUCCGGGAAUCCUGUAUCUCAACCUGUCUUACACAGCUAUCACCAACCGGACGAUGCGGCUCCUUCCAAGGCACUUCCACAACCUACAGAACCUUAGUUUGGCUUAUUGCAGAAAAUUCACAGACAAAGGCUUACGGUACCUGAAUUUAGGGCACGGAUGCCACAAGCUCAUCUAUCUGGACCUUUCUGGCUGCACCCAGAUUUCAGUCCAAGGCUUCAGGAAUAUUGCAAACAGCUGCACUGGAAUCAUGCAUCUGAUCAUCAAUGACAUGCCAACUCUAACAGACAACUGUUUAAAAGCUUUAGUUGAGCAUUGUCUUCGUAUUACAUCGGUGGUUUUCAUUGGUUCGCCACAUAUCUCCGAUCUUGCUUUCAAAGUCCUCUCUAAAUGUAACCUCAGAAAGAUCCGAUUUGAAGGAAAUAAAAGAAUUACUGAUUCAUGCUUCAAACAUAUAGACAAGCAUUAUCCAAACAUUAGUCACAUUUACAUGGCGAACUGCAAGGGAAUAACGGAUAGUAGCCUCAAGUCACUCUCACCUUUGAAGCAACUUAGUGUGUUGAAUUUGGCAAAUUGUAUAAGAAUUGGUGAUACGGGACUAAAGCAAUUUCUUGAUGGUCCUUCAAGCACAAAGCUAAGAGAGCUGAAUUUAAGUAACUGUAUCCAAGUGGGUGAUGCCUCUAUUCUGAGACUAGCAGAGCGCUGCCCUAACUUAAACUAUUUGAGUUUACGAAAUUGUGAACAACUGACUGACUCAGGAGUUGAAUAUAUCAUAAACAUCUACUCCUUGAUAUCACUAGAUCUCUCUGGAACAUAUGUCUCUAAUAAGGGUUUGUCGACACUUUCCAGACAUAAAAAAUUAAAGGAACUUUCUCUGUCUGAGUGUUAUGAAUUCACCAAUUAUGGAAUUCAGGUAUUCUGCAGAGUCUCACAAAUCUUGGAACAGUUGGAUGUCUCUUAUUGCACCCAACUAUCAGAUGAGUUUAUUACAACACUGUCCAUUUAUUGCCUUAACCUCACAUUUCUCAGUAUUGCUGGCUGUACACAGAUUACUGACUCAGCAGUGGAAGUGUUAUCAGCAAAAUGCCAUUACCUGCACAUUUUGGAUAUUUCUGGUUGUCCCCUGCUUACUGAUGAAAUAUUUGAGUUUCUUCAGAUGGGCUGCCAACAGCUCCGGAUCCUUAGGAUGGAAGACUGCAGCCUUAUUUCCAGGGAGGCAGCUAUGAAAAUGUCAUCUAUAGUUCAGCAAGAAUACAACCCUACUGGAACUCCAGCUUGGUCUAGCUAUGAUGAUAAAGGCAAGCAUGCAACAGACGGCAGCGGCGGCGGCGGCGGCGGCGGGAGAUAACACCACUUAAAGAUAGAGAAUUGACA